GAGUGAGACACAAAAAUCAAAGGAUUAACAAUACAAUGAAAAGGCAUCCGCUGAAAAUAUAAAUUAUUUGCACAAGGGAUGACAUACCAAUGCUCAUAGAGCUUACUAAAGGCAUUUUUCCUAUAUAUAUAUACGAGUACCAUAAGAAUGACCUCGUCCUCCUUUAUUAUUAUGUUUUUUUUUUUAAUGUUUCGCAAACUUGUUGACAUAUCCUUUUCAAUGUUAUCGUGUUUAAGUCUGGGUUUUAUCGCCCCAGUGUUUGUAUGGAGGUUGAUUGACUUGGGUUAUUUGUGCCUUACACCUUUAGUUAUGCAUUGUUUUAAUAAUUUAUGGAUUUUCAGUAAUUUCUUUGCGGGAGAACCUUCGUCGCUUGAUACAAAAGAAAUUACAUUACGGAACCGUUAUUUCCAUUCCUUGCUUUCUUUUGAAGAAUUAAAACCCCCUUUCAUGUGGGAUCCAUAGUUUAUAUCUAUUGAUUUUUUUAAACUGUGCAGUAAAUGCAAAUAUUUUAUUCAUAUCCUCAGUGUAUACUGCAUGAGGUUUCCAGACACUAUGGUUCUAUUUUCUAGGCCUGAGAAUUCUGCAGACUAUGGCCAUCUGUUCGUACUCUAUAUAUUUAAAUCCAAAAUCCUAACACUUUUGGCCAACACUAGCAUUCUUUUCUUCGCCUGACAAGAUAACAAUAACUAUCUGGAUUAUGAUUUUUUUGGUCCUCCAAAAUUUUUGACAUUUAUUAAUUCUAGCGAUGACAUGCUUACGUCAUUAAAUCACGUGGUUACAUUCAUUGGUCGGCAAUAAUAAAUGGCAUUGGAUAUUUCAUUGCAUCACAUUAGUUCCCCUGGAGUAAACCUGUCUGUGUAUUUAACCUGACGGGCAGUAAUACAAGGUGAUUUUAAACGGAUAUAAGAGAUUUUUGACAUUAUCAAUAGCCUCCCUUCAGUUGAUCUUAAUUCCGUAUUCGGCUUUGUUAGACCAUUCCAGAUUAUUGUUCAUUAUAUCGGAUAGGUACAAGAUUAAAGUUUUUUAUGCAUUACGAGUAUUUGAACGCGUACCAAGAAAUGCUUUAUUAAUGAUUCGAUGAACCCUGCCGGUUAGGAUUAACAAUUUAAUAGUACUAGUCUCAUUUGGUGAAAGUUUUCAAAGCGUCAUCGUCACCUAGUAGCAAGUGGUCCAAUAUUAUCUUGGAUUAAUUCUUUCGUGUUUACAAAGACUUGGAUUGAAAAAUAAGAAACUGUUUCAACAAGUUCUUUCAAAAAAGGGAAAUUGUUACAUAAGAGUAGCAUUCCUGACUAUUCGAACUUUCAAUAUAAAACAGAAAAGGACAGUAUGCCUGCACUGACGUCGCCGUGGUUUUAUCAGAGAAACCCUCAGCUUCCCCCUCAAUUAGCCUCCGCCGCCCAGACGCGGUCCCCCAGCAGUAUGACGGAAGAGGAGGUGGAUCAAAUCACCAAGCGGGUGGGACGUCCUACCCAAGCCUCCCGAGCCAAAACUAGCCAAUCGUGGAAACUCGAUAACACUUUUAUGGACAAUGGACGACACUCGUGGUCAAAAAUGGAAUUAUAUGCAGACUGCAAGAAGUGCAUGUGGAAGGACAAUGGGGUUGUGAAAGCUACAUGUAAAAUCCGCCCCGUUCAACCAACACCCCGUUAACGUGCGCUUACUUUCUGUUUUGUCAAGACUUCGGAUACAAACGUUCUAGUCCAACACUUCUGUCAGGACGAGUUGGUUUAUAUAGGUCUCUGAUUUCUAGCUUUGGACAUCAAGAUAAAUCAUACUUUUCAAGGAAUCACAAUGUUACAGUGUGUGGUUGGUGCUUAAGCUUGGUAAACAUUGAUCCGCUCUGUCUCGGCGCAGUGACAUACACCAGUUCAGUAUUACAUGUAGUUCAGUAUUAAUAUUGUUUUUGCCAGUUGUGUAAUCAUCUUUGUUUGUACUUUUAACCUUCAACUGUUAUAACGUUUGAAUUCCAUCAGUUACAAAGGAAUUGACAUCGUUAAUGCAACGAUAGUUGAAAAAUGAUUUUUUUUU